AUGCUCCCCCCUCAGCCUACGGGCUCUCAUAGCCCAGCAUACUACUACCACCGCGACAGAAUCAACAGGAGGUACCAUGUCCUAGGCCAACAGACCAUCAGCGCCGGUCACGAGUUCUAUCCCCAGAGUGCCCUCGACCCAUGGGCUGCUGAAAGCGUCCGCAUCGGCCUCUCCGACAGUCUAGCGAGGCUGGAGUACCACCGCAAGUUGGAGCUUGAUGAACUACUCGCUGCAGAGUUUGGUGACCCUGCCCCCAGCUCGCUCGUCAACGGCGCCCAUCAAAGUAUGCCCAUGCCUGUUUACAGUCCCAUCCCCUUGCACCAUACCGGCAUGAUGUGGGGACCUUCCGGGCGUUCAAUCGUCCGGGGAACGCUCUCGGAACCAUUCAUGGAAGUUCAUGCCCCGGUCAUUGGCCAAUACCACUAUGGUGCUCCCGCCUCCGGCUCCGGUCCCGACAAUACAUCUACCCACCCUGACAACGGUCCCCAAACUCCUGUCGAGUACCUGUACAGUGCAUCAAACCUCUCCAACAGCAAUCGCUCUGCGCCUCCCAAUAGCGACCGUGAGUCAACCAGCCGCGCGACACUUGACGGUACCACCCUCGUUGGCCACGGCCGUCCUGAGUCGUCGACUGCUCCUUCCGCGCCUGUCCAAACCAGUCCAUCAAAACGAUCGAGUCGCUACUCUUCCAAGCGCUCUGCGUCAAAGGCCUCUCGCUCAGCAACCUCCAGCGCCAAGUCUUCCGGUACUGGUAGUGCGCGUCGCGCCGCCGUCUCAGACCUUAGGCCGUCGUCAAGCUCGAGCACCUCCAGCCUAACCGCCACGUGGGUUGGCGAAGCAAGCAGCUCUCAGUCGAGUGCCGAUGUUCGUCACGGCGACGAGACAACUGUUGGCGGACUUGCUACCAAACAAGCUCCUUACGUCGACGCCUACCCUCUCUCGACCUCCAGCUUCACUGCCACCUCCAGUGGUCACCUUCUGUCUGUCCUGACUUCCAAUAUUAGCCCCGACGAUAGCAUCAGUCAGCAUGGUACAUCGACAUCUAGUAGGGCCAGCACCAUUCCCAUUCCCACCAUGCCUCCUACUUCCCGCAUCAAGAGCCAGACCAAUGCCGCUCGCCAGGCGUUCUCAACCUGCAGCCGCCCAAGCCAGACUCGUGGCAGCACCCUCAGCCCCAUCGCAGAGGCAUCCAGCUCGUCCUCACGAUCGCAGACUCAAUCCGUUCCGUCCAGCCAAGGCAGAACCACCGCUCGCUCAACCUCGGGUGCAAAGGAGCAUUCGGAGGAGACGAAUAGCAAGGGUGGCUGUGGCAAGCCAAUUCACAUCAAGUCCUCUCCCUCUUCGACUCGCUCUCGGAGCCAGCUUCCCGCCGACAUUUCACCGUCCCGCUCAAGCCGCUCUUCUGGGGCGCCAUCUUCUGGACCCUCCGCAAAGAGCAACCCUACUUCAUCCAGCUCCGGUCAUCUCACCACCCCGUACAUGGCAUACGCCGGUACGACCAUGGAGACCGAAGAGCUCAAAGCGACAAGCCCAGAGAGGUGGCGCGCCGUCGCGCGCGCGAAUGCCUUCGACGGCCUACUCCUCGUCGCAGUUACCGCGGCCUUCGGCAACCCAGACUUGCUCGGCAGGCUCAAACGUCACGAGGGCCGCUUCCACUUUUACAAUGCACUCGAGGCUGAGGCCGACUUUGACGGCCGUAAGUUUACUCCUGAGGAGCGUCGUAUCGGCCGUGGCAGGCACUUCGACUCGGUCAGGAUCGUGGCGCUCACGCGCCGCGGCGGAAGCGACGAGCUGCCGAAGGAGAUCGCAGAGAAGGUCCAGCGCUUCCACAACCUUAACGAACCCAGCGAUGACAGCCGCUAA